AUGGCGAUAAUCGCAUCGACGCCGCCACAAGAGAUCGGCGCAGCAAGCAAGUUCUUAUUCCUCAUAUCAAACGUGUGCGGACUCGUCAUGAUUGUUGGUAAGCGGUUUGAGUAUUCACUGGAGCGUGGCGUUUCAACUGCCGCGCGAUUGUUUUCUCCAAUUUCGGUGACAGCGUGGGCAAGGUUUUGGUCACGACUCACCACUCAUUGGGUUCUCCUGUUGAGACCCGUCCGAUGGGAAUUUUGCAACGCAAGCGUCAAGCCCAUGACCCUCAACUCCAUUAUCUCCGGCCUAUGCAGCCCUGCCUGCGUUGUUCACAGAAGCGAUAUGUCGAUCUUUGCAUCAGGAUCGGAAACUCGUCGGGAACGAAAGCCGAAAUCUCCAUCCCCGUCUACCACGCGGAGCACCCUCAUCUACGUUCAGGACACCCUACCCCUCUUUUGUACCACAAUUCAUGGCGCUCCCAACGACUUUCAGUGCAAGACCCUCUCCCUUCAGUUUAAGUCCUAUCCCCGACAUCCAUAUCGUUUCACGUCCACUCCAGCGUACUGGCAGGCAAUGUAUUCUCCUCCCACAACUCUCGUACUUCGAGAUGCAGAUAAACCCUUUACUGCGGCAGUUCACCCUACCGUCCUGUCCUUGACAAUCUAUCUUGAUCUCGAUCCCCACCGACCAAUCGUCGUUUUUCCCACCCACAGACCCUCUCCCUUCAGUUUAAGUCCUAUCCCCGACAUCUACAUUGUUUCACGUCUACUCCCGCGCAAGCAAUGUAUCCCCCUUCCACAACUUUCGUUUCGCGAUGCAGAUAAACCCUUUGCUGCGGCAGUUCACCCUACCGUCCCGUCCUUGCCAGUGACAAUUUAUUUUGAUCUCGAUCCCCACCGACCAAUCAUCGUUUUUCCCACCCACAACAACUAUGAUGCAUCUAUUACCGCUGCUGUCGACCGUAGGCCCGUGACGCGUGACAGGCCUGUCGAAAAUUUGGUUUCGACAACCUCACAAAUUCGCCGUGACAAGCCGAAAAUUUGGGCAAAUUUACGACCAUUUAACGCCGCAGGCCACGAAAAAUUUCGACAUUUAUCAUAA